CUGACUCCCACCGUUCAUAUCGGGAGCUUGAGAGAGAAGCAUAAGAGAAAGAGAGACGGUCACGGCGCAGAGUCUACAACUUGUUCACAUGUAACCGCCAGCGGAGGGUAAAAAAUAUUUAUUACACGGAUUUAAUAUCAUUAAUCCCGUGACCGGUGACCGGAAUGGAAAUAUACGAGCCGGCAAUGAGAAGUUGUUUGAUCCGGGUGGUCGCGUGAGCGCCGCAAGAAGAAACUCAUGGCAGGCGUCAGUGGAUGAGGUGGAUUGCACUCCACAACCCAUCAUGGAUAUCAACUGUCAGCCAUUCCCCAAUCCCACAACCUCCUGUCCUCCUGGCUCCUGCUCCAUAACGCCCACCUGUGUCUGAGCUGUGUCACCUGGGACUCGCAGGCUGUUGACAACAUGACGCAGAUGGACUACAAAUACAGCCUGCUGGGCUCCACAGUGGAUGACUACCGCAAGAGGCCGUUGCUCCUGCAGGUGGCCGACACGCCCAUGAACCUGUUUGCAGUCCUCGAAGUGAAACGGGAGCAGCCGAGACGCUGGAGCACCCUGGGCUGCUUCCGCAAGAUCCGGCUAUACAGCGUCCUGUUCGGUCUGGCCGUCACGUUCGUCAUCAUGGCUUCGUACAUCCUGACAGGAGACAAGAAGGGUCUCCUUCUCACCCCUUCCCCCUACCACUUCAGCAGCCUGGUCAGCCCGGGACCUUAUCCCUUCAACCUCUCCUCAGUCAAGGACUACGCACAUAUCAAACUGGUGGUCAAGUCCAUCACAUCCAAGGUGGAGUUUCGCAGCAGUCGACAGCUCCCGGAGCUAAAGGCACUGGUUAACAGUGAGCCACAUAUGUUUUCUGCCAUCCCCCGAAAAUUCCUGCCUGGUGUCAAGAACCCCUGCUGGUAUGAGGAAUAUACUGGGAAUAUUACCUCAGACCCAUACAGGACAAACUUGUACGCACGCUAUUCAAGGCGCUUCCGGACAGUGUUUCAGCACUUGAGGAACACUUUCCGAGAACACUUGUUUCACCGCGAUGGGAAACUCUACCGCAUCCGAUGCCUUCCUUAUUUCUAUAUCAUCGGCCAACCAAAGUGUGGCACAACGGACCUGUAUGACAGACUGAGGCUGCACCCGGACGUCAAGUUCACCACUUUCAAAGAGCCACACUGGUGGACCCGCAAGAGGUUUGGUAUCAUCCGUCUGAGCGAUGGCUUUCAUGAUCGAUACCCAGUGGAGGACUACCUGGACUUAUUCGAUCAGGCUGCUUACCAAAUCCAGGGCAACCUCACAGCAAAUGCCAGUGGAAGCCCCAGCCAACCUAACAUCAUCAUAGGAGAAGCCAGCGCGUCCACCAUGUGGGACAACAAUGCCUGGGUGUAUUUCUAUGACAACACCACAGAGGGAGAGCCUCCUUUCCUUAUCCAGGACUUUGUCCACGCCCUGCAGCCUAAUGCCCGCUUCAUCAUCAUGCUCAGGGACCCAGUGGAAAGGCUCUACUCUGACUACCUUUACUUUGGUAUUGCCAACAAGUCUGCAGAGGAUUUCCAUGAGAAGGUGUCAGAGUCACUGCAGUUAUUCGAGGGGUGCCUUACGGAGUACACAAUGCGCUCCUGUGUGUACAACACUACUAUCAACAACGCCAUGCCAGUCAGGUUGCAAGUUGGUCUGUACAUUGUGUACUUAAUGGACUGGAUGACCGUCUUCAACAGGGAACAGAUUCUGGUCCUGAGGUUGGAAGACCAUGCCUCUAACAGGAAAUACACAAUGCACAAAGUCUUUGAUUUCCUUAACCUGGGGCCGCUGACAAAAGAAAUAGAGUCAGAGAUCACAAGAAGUCCUGCGUCAAACACCAGGAGGCCGGCUGACAAAAACCUGGGACCCAUGCUGCCCAUCACUAAAGAGAUCCUACGGGAUUUCUACAUGCCGUUCAACCAGAAAUUGGCCGAAGUGCUGCGGAAUGACUCCUUCCUCUGGGAGAACUCUAAACUCUGAGCAACCCACCUCCCCUUUACUUCAGUAAAAGAAACCACUGAUGUGUCAGCCAGCCCCUUCGUGUGUGUGUGUGUGUGUGUGUGUGUGUGUACAACAGAGAAAGAUGUCCGGUGUUGAUUUCUUUUUUUGUUCUUGUGACCAGUUGUACAAAAUUAAAUAGUGAAUUCAAAGCUAUUAAAAACA